AUGGCUUCCGACGUGAGCGCUGGUUCCAACUCUACUAUGGCACAAUCUCGUCCAACGACAUCGGCACCUACUAUGGCAUCGCAGGCUCCAACACCCCGACAGCCAGUUCAUGGUCCUCAUAUCUUUGCAGCACUCCCGCCCCCAGGGAGUCCACCACUCGGAACUGGCGAUUAUAGGAUCACAAGAACUGUCCAGGUGCUUGAGAAAGAGCAAGAAGCGAUGGUGAAUCGAUUGACCCGAGAACUAUCUAUUCUCCGCCAGCAGACAGCAUCCGUGGCAUCGACAACAUCCUCCACCUCGACAUUUAACGAGGCAGAUGGCGCACGGGCAUCGCCCACCCUCAGCAGCUCAGCCCCUUCUCACUCGGCGCGACGAAACCGGUCCAAUUCGAGCCACAGUUCACAUAGUUCAGCAAACCAGGGUCCACAGUCCGCAAGUGUCACUGGAAUUGCUCCAUCACGAGAGAUCCUAUAUCGCCCGACCGACCAUACUCGAACGGUUCGCAGUCGAGAGCCAUCCGUCACAUCUCGCCGACCCUCCAUCGGGUCACUAUCCUCGUUCUCCCACAACAACAACAGCGUCUACCCAUACCGGAACUCGGCAUCACAGAACCACCCAGGCUAUUCACCUGGAAGCUCGCUGACGCGGUUUGAGGAGGCCACACACCACAGGCUGGAAGUAGAAUACAUGAAGCGGGAGAAUGAACAGCUCAGGAGGCGCGUGCGGGAUCUGGAGCAGACUUUAAAGAGACAAAGGGAGGGUUCUGCAAGUAAGGCUUCUGCCACACUGGCUGAAAAGAUUCUUGAUGCCUGA